AGGAAACUGAAACUGAAACUGAAACAGAUAACAAGGACAUGUCGUCAGUGGCGCGUUACUUAGCUUCGUCGCCGCCGUCGUCCUCCCGGGAAGGCCACGACGACAGCAACAACGAACGCCUCGGUUUCACUCGUCCCUCUACAACUACUCCCGACUUGACGUCUCUCCCCGGCAACGAGACAUUUCUCCGGGCAGCCGUGUCCCUCAAGGACCAGGUGGUGAAGGCAACGUGGGAAGGAGAACGGAGCUCCGGAAAGGGGUUGGAUCCGACUGUGUAUACUGGACUACUCGGCACGGCGUUUACGUGCCUGAGGUCGUACGAGGCCACCGGAAAUCGACAGGACUUGCUACUGUGCGCCGAGAUCGCCGACAAGUGCGCCGCCGUCGCACGUGUUCUCGCCAGGCACGUGACGUUUUUGUGUGGUAGAGGAGGAGUUUAUGCUCUUGGAGCUGUUGUGGCUGAUAUGGUUGGGGACCAACGAAAACGUGACUUGCAUUUGAACCUCUUCCUUGAGGUAGCACAAGAGAAGGCCCUAUCUGUUGGCCCUGAAGAAGGUGGUUUUGGAAUGUCAUAUGAUCUUCUUUAUGGGAGAGCUGGGUUUUUAUGGGCAGCUUUGUUCAUAAACAAGCAUCUUGGAGAAGAGAAUGUGCCCAGUGAGCUUCUGAUGCCUAUUGUUGAUGCCGUGUUAACUGGAGGAAGAGCAGGAGCAUCUGAUAACCCUUCAUGCCCACUUAUGUACAGAUUGCAUGGAACUAGGUACUUGGGGGCAGCGAAUGGUGUGGCUGGAAUUUUGCAAGUGCUACUGCACUUUCCUCUUUCAGAAGAGGACGCAGAAGAUGUGAAAGCGACUCUUAGGUAUAUGAUGGCUAAUCGGUUUCCUCACAGCGGUAAUUACCCCUCAAGUGAAGGCAAUCCAAGAGAUAAGUUUGUGCAGUGGUCUCAUGGUGCAGCGGGCAUGGCUAUCACCUUGUGCAAGGCAUCACAGGUGUUUCCAGGAGAUAGGGACUUUCGUACUGCUGCAAUAGAAGCCGGAGAAGUAGUGUGGAAGAAUGGUUUGCUGAAGAAGGUAGGCCUAGCUGAUGGUGUGGCUGGAAACGCCUAUGCCUUUCUUUCUCUUUAUCGUCUAACUGGAGAGAGCAUAUACGAAGAGAGAGCCAAGGCAUUUGCAAGCUUCUUAUAUCAUAAUGCAAGACAACUCGUGACUGCGGGGCAGACUAUUACUCAUGGGACUGAGCAUGCCUACUCCCUUUUUCAAGGACUUGCUGGAACUGCUUGCUUCUGGUUUGACGUGCAUGUUCCUGAAAACUCGAGGUUCCCUGGUUAUGAACUGUAGGCAACCGAACAACUUAAAUUGAAAUCUGGUUAUGAGAUCAUUAUACAUAUGAAUCUGUAGUCUCACCCUAACAGUGUAUAUAUAUAAUGAGGCGUUGUUAUUUGAAGGUAAAAUUAUUAUAUCUAACCUUUGGUGACAAGUAAUUUCUUUACUUUUUG